GAGGGGGUGUCACGGCAGGGACGUCGCGCUUUAGCUGAGCCCCGAGCUCUGCACUGAAAGCGGCUCCUCGCGUGAUAGGGCGGGGAUCAGGCAGCAGAGGGAGCGGGGAGACUGGUGUCUCCUCAGGACCGGCGGGGGAGGGGGCAGCCUCUCGAAGUCCCUUCCCCCUACCAGCGCGCCCCCGCCCGCUAGCUCGCUCUGGGGCCGCUCCGCUCUGCUCCCGGCAUCUCCGCCGCACACGCUGCCGUGGCCCCGCCUGAGCGGCGGCGCCGGGGGCCGCAGCGCGCAUGCUCGGCGCGGGCGCCAUUUUGGUGGGGCCGGGAAUUAUCCAGCGGGAGCGGCGGAGCUCGCUGGGCCCGGCUCGGAGGCAGCGGCGAGCGGGUGCCGGCUGCGGAGAUGGCCAACAUCGCGGUGCAGAGGAUCAAGCGGGAGUUCAAGGAGGUGUUGAAGAGCGAGGAGGUCAGAGCUCCCCCCCGGUAAUUCACCCGGUUUUGAGAGAUCCCUUUGUAGCUCUUCUCUGCUCUGGUGCAUCUACGAGCAAAAAUCAAAUUAAAGUAGAUCUUGUAGAUGAGAAUUUUACAGAAUUAAGAGGAGAAAUAGCAGGACCUCCGGACACACCAUAUGAAGGAGGGAGAUAUCAACUAGAGAUAAAAAUCCCAGAAACAUAUCCCUUCAAUCCUCCUAAGGUGCGGUUUAUUACCAAAAUAUGGCAUCCUAACAUUAGCUCGGUCACUGGGGCCAUUUGUUUGGAUAUCCUGAAAGAUCAAUGGGCAGCAGCAAUGACUCUAAGGACAGUGUUGUUAUCAUUGCAAGCACUGUUGGCAGCUGCAGAACCAGACGAUCCACAAGAUGCAGUAGUGGCAAAUCAGUACAAACAAAACCCAGAAAUGUUCAAACAGACAGCUCGACUUUGGGCACAUGUGUAUGCUGGAGCACCAGUGUCUAGUCCAGAAUACACCAAAAAGAUAGAAAACCUUUGUGCUAUGGGCUUUGAUAGGAAUGCAGUAAUAGUGGCCUUGUCUUCAAAAUCAUGGGAUGUAGAGACUGCAACAGAAUUACUUCUGAGUAACUGAGCCAUUCAAAGAGCUGCUUCUGUAGUCCAGCUUGCCCUUUCUGAGGAGCGUCACCAUCUGUUAUUUUUAGGAUUCUAUAUAGAUUCUCUUUUAAAACUGGCACUCUUGCCUGACGAUGCUAUCUAAGCACUAUUGGAGACUGAAAAACCGCUCUGUAAAUAAAGCUAAUUAAACGUCUGUGUAAAUUUAAAAGGGGAAAUACUUUAAUUUUUUCUUACUAAAUAUUGUAAAAAUUCUUUGAGCUCAGCUAAAACAAUGUGGGGGAAACAUGCCUACUUUAGUGUUUAGCAGUGUGACCAAGCCUAGCAGGAAUUUGCUUCGGGAUUUUGAUUUAAUUAUUCAGAUAACAUUUUUGAGUGUCAGUCAUCAAAAUUGUUGGUGUCACUCAUCACAGCUAUCUUACUGUUUUUAACAUGGAUCCUAUGUGCCUGUGGAUUGACCUAUAUUUGCAUGCUUGUACUUUACUAGACAUUUUAGAUAGGGUAGCUGAAGAGAGCACCAUUUAAGUACUUGAAUGUUCUUGUUAACUUUUUUCCUGAAAGCUGUUUCAAGAUUUACCCAAAGUUCAAAAUGGUGACCUGUUCAGAACCUCUUUCUUAGUCAGGUGACUGGGAAAUCUGCUUAUCUGCCCUCCCCAACAACACAAACCUAAAAUACCAUUCUGGAUUCCUUUCCAUAAUCUGUGGGCCUGGGUGCCAUUAAAAGUAGCUUAGUUACCACUUUAAAUGGUAUAUUUUGAAUAACCAGUAAAUGUGUUUAACCAUCAUACUUGCUACACAAUCAUAUAUAAAGGUUUGGUAUGUUUGGACAUAGCACAACAAAGUGGCGCUGCUUUUUUGGGGGGGGUAUAUAGAAGUCAGAACUCCUUCAAUAAAUUAGGAUAAUAUGAAUUCACUGGAUUUGGGGGAAGAACAACUGAUUCUCUGGUAUACUGAGAAUUUAAAUAAAUAAAUAAAACUUCUUUGAGUACUUGCUAUGAUGCAAUCAGCUGUUUUUUUGCAACAGCUUUCUAGCUUUAUUUUGAGCUUCAGUAUAAGGAUUGCUUACCAGGUACUUUAAAAAAUCACUUGUUUGCAUUUUUCCCUAGUUGAUACAUGGAGGCUGUGUUGGUAUUUUUACUGUACAUACUUCAAAAGCACAUAGAAGUAGAAGUGUGUUCUCAGUUUAACUUUCUUUUGGAUUGAUGUUUCUGAUAAACGAAAACUGAAAUUACCUUCGCUUGUACAUACUCAGUCUUUCUAUUCGUAUUAAAAUUACAUUUCAUCCUGAGUUUAAAAGCUUGAAAAUUAUUAGUUUGCAACGUCAAACACUAGUACAUCCAUCUAAAGAAAGUUGUAAUGUCUUUAUGGAUACAGUUGGAUACUUCUGAAAAUGCAUCAGACAUGAAACUUUCAGCUAAAAUAGAGAGAAAAGAAACUGAGUAGAGACUGGGGAUUGUGGAUGAUAGUGUACCAUAAGGCUUCUUUUCCUUGACUGUCUUCUCUUAAGCAAUAGUCUAAUAAGUGUACAUUCAUUUUGCUUGAACUAUAAAAUGAGCUGCAAGUGUCAUACUUCAUAGAAGAUCAGGUUUGUAAAUGAUACUGGAAGCAACAGGGAAUAUUAUUAAACUGUUAAAUAUCUGGAGCAAAGUAGAUGGGGGAACAGAACUAGAAAAUAGAGAUGGAAAAGACCUAACUAAUGCAGGAUUACUUCCUGCAGUAUUCUAUCUAAUGUGUUCAUACUUUAAAAAUAUUUGCAGGACACAGACAGUAAAUUUUUAACUCAUAUCAGUGCAGUACUAAACCCAGUUGCUAUAGUCUUUCUGUACUGCUUUCUAAGGUUUUAUUCAUUGAUCAUAUUUCUUGAAUUUUCUUGCAGUAGUGUAAGUCAUUUUCAGAGAUGCCAAAGGAAACAAGAUUUUUUUGUCUUUCCUUGAUAUUUAUUUAUUUUUGUUAACAAUUAAAAAGCAACUGCUCAACUGGUUUAUUAGGUAAUAGCUAGAAACAGUAGAAAACUAUGGCAGUUUUGCUAUUUGUGUUAAAAUCUCAAGUUACUGUCUUUUUCUGUUAUGUAGUUUGAUAAGAACAUUUUGAUCAUUUCAUUUACAUGUGUUUACCCUGGUGGUAAUUGUAAAUGGCUGACUACUUCUUUCCCUUGUUCUUUGCUGCUAUUUAUUUAUCAAAGGGAGGAACUUGGAAAUCAUUAGGGGACAUAAAACUUAAUAAUUAUAGCUUCUGGACCUGUCAUUUUGAUGAUAGGAUUAGUCUCUUAGAGACAACUGUGAGCACAUCUCAAAUGAUAACCAGAGCAAAGUUUUCCAAGCAUAUAAGGGGAUGGGAUGGAAUGGGGAGGAGGGGGUGGCGAGAGAAGAAAAAAAGGGGGGAAUUGCUUUACUUCAUCACUGAAACAAUUCCUCAUCCUGGAUUUUCUCCUGCUAUUUCCUUCACCCAGUACCUCAUUUUCUUUGUGAUAUUGCAAAAUUGUCCUCCCAAUACAGUUCUGUUCAGAUGCCAGUGUGUCCUUUCUUUCCACUCUCCCCUGCCAUGCAAUUAGUAACUAAGGUACUUGACUCAGUGCCAGUUUAGAUGCUGGUAGCAAGGAAAUGUCUUGAUCUGGAUGAGGAAGGAGAAGUGACCCAAUAUUAAGCAGACAUUCAUAACUUGAGGUCCCUAUGAAUUUGAAUCCUUUGUAAGGAACAUUUUUCUAUCCUUGGGUAACUAUCAGAGUUGAAUAUAAGGUUAUGUUGUACCAGAUUAGUGUAACUGCAGCCAGGGCUGAACCCUAGGAAUGUUUGGGUGUUUAACAUAGUGACUUUGUAAAGACUAAACUGUAGUUAAGUUUUUUAUGACUGAACAUCUCUAUAUUCAGGGCCCUGUGCAUUCAUGACUCUGGCAUUGCUAUACAAUCUACUCCUGCUGCAGAUGUGUGCAGCACAUUUACACUUAGUUUAAAAACAUAUAGGCAUUAUGGCUACAAAUAGCUUCCAAAUGUAAAUUGAUGCCUUGUCAUCUUCCUUAGUCUGCAAGCAGACAGCUUAAAACAAUAACUAUGAAGUCUGAACUGUCCCAUUUAUCUCAAUAGGUGUUAAUGCUAUAACUUAGUGACUAACUAAAAGUCAGCUAAAUUUCACUGAACAACAUUUUAGCAGCAACAUCUAGUUAAUGUGGUUUAUCAAUUGUUCUUGGAUAUUGUUGUUGAACAAGAAAUUCUAGUUUCUUCUUGCCCCUCACAAAUUUUAAAAUAGCCUCUGACCUUAUUCGGAGGCAAAGAAAAGUUUCCUUUCCUAUUGCCAAUAGUUUCAACUCCCUCCUGGGUGCCAAAAGUUCCAUUUAUAUCCCAUCUAGUUGCCAAAAACCCCACAACUUCUAAGUUCUCAAUACGACAGACUGAUAUAUAUUGGGGAAAUUAAAACUUAUGGAUAAUAUAAAAUUGAUUUAAUAUAAAAGGGACACUAUUUCUAAGUAAAAGGCUCCAUUUUCUGAUUUACCUGAAUUUGCUACAAAUUUCCAGUCCCAGAGUACCGCCCAAACUAGGGGCCUUGUACCAGAAUUUAGGUCCAGCUUGCCACAGAGUGCAUGGGGCCUUGACUAUAAUCAGUCAGGCAGUAUUUAUUUAUGGAAUUAGGUACACAACUUUUUUCUUUCAAGUAAAUUAGGAUUGGGAGCCAAAAAGAGACUUAACUUGAAACAACAGAUCUGCAUUAUGUGAUGUAGAUAAUGGAAACACUUAAACUAUGCAAAAUUAACCUUCAUAAAUCAGCUGGAAGUCAGGCCUGGCAUGCGAGAGAGUACAGAUCACUUCUUUAAUGGAAAACAAAUAUGAUUUCAAGUAAAAGCACUUGUUUACUGUGAUGGUUGUAUACCAUUAAUGUGAAGAGGUCAGCUUUCAGAGCAAGGGGAGGCUUAACUGUGUGCAUGCCCAUUGCUUGCUAUGGAAGCAACAAACAGAGCCUGGCUAAUUGUUGGAGACAGGCCCAGGAGGGGCCAAUGUUAAAUACUUUUACUGCUAAAAUAUUUUAAGUUUUAACACCUGUUCAAGGGGGACAAAUGGGAGCGGAAGUACUCUUGCUAUAUUUUGAAUAGCUAAGUGGUUGUGAUGUUACAGUGGAAGGGCUUCUCUACACAAACAUUUAGUUCUCAGCAAGCUGGGGUAUGAAGCUAUCCUGUACUAACAGUUGCUUACUGUGCUUUGAGUUACUUCAGUUUCAAAGCAGCAUAGCUCCAAGUACCAUAAGGACGUGUUAGUACAGGAUAGCUUUAUACCCCAGCUUGCUAAGAACUAAAUGUUUGGCUUUCUCUACACAGACUCUUAAUGGAUGUGAUCAUGGAUGGUUUUGCAGAAAAUGUGAGCAAUUGGCUAAGCAGAGGAUAGUUAAGAAUUUUCAUUUUUCCUUGCUUUUUACUGCAGCACAAUAGUAAAACAUGAAGUAAAGCUUUUCUGGGAAGAGCAUAUAGAUGUUUUCACUGUUGUUAAACCCUUUUCUGUUGGAAAAUUAGGCUAUCAUUUGUCAGUCUUCAAUUAGAUUGCUGAUCCAUAUUAAACAUUUCAGUAAAAACAUACUAUGAUCUUUUUACUGUUACAGCUUCAUCAGCUGAUAUAUCAUUAGACGUGCAAGGUAUGUGUUGCUUCUCAUUUGGUUAUUUCAACUAUAAUGCUCUGUAGGCAACCUCAGCAACUUUACUUUUCAGAUUUGUUACCAAUGGACCAAUUGUUGCAACUCAUUUGCACUGUACUGUGAUGUUCCCUCUUCUUACUCUUACCUGCUGGUAGGCAGCAUGAAAAAUAGCCAGCCAAUUGCUUAUGAGGCUGAACCAUUCACUGAAAAUGUAAGUUGAAAUACCUAAUUCUCAGAUGAGGAAAUGUACUAUGAAAGUGCUGUAUUAUCCCUCUAAUUUGCAACAACUGCUGGUGCUGAAGGAGGCUGUUGUCAUAGGAAUGCUGAUUUCAACUGUUGAAAAAUCCCACUUGUCAGAUACCUUUUUUUUAAGUUAACAAUAAAGAAUACUGGAGGAGGUUUGUUACUGAGCAUUUAACUUCCUGUAAAGGCUGAGUGGGAGUGGGCUGGAAUGAAGCAUCAGUGUUUUUUGUCUUGAGAAUAAAAACUACACAACACUUUUGUACACAAAUGAUUUUUUAAAUAAAUACACAUUUUAAAA